GGUGGCACCUUAUACGGAUUGGAGAGACGCCACGCAGACCCUCUGGCUCUGUAUCUGCUCGGGCGCACAGGGGGCAGUGCCAUGCACACUCCUGCUUAGGCGCUGCUCCUGAGCGGAGGGAACCAGUCAUUGGAUUUCUCUUCCACCGAUGACCAAACAAUGGAGAAGCCUGGAAACAUCACCCUCCACCCGAACGGCUCCGAUCCGUUCGCGAGGAACGAGGAGGUGGCCCAGAUCGAGAUCAUGGUGCUGUGCAUCACUUUGGUGGUCGCCGUGAUCGGAAACGUGAGCGUCCUUCUGGCGAUGUACAACACCAAGAAGAAGAUGUCGCGCAUGCACCUCUUCAUCAAACACCUGAGCCUGGCUGACCUGGUGGUCGCCUUCUUCCAGGUGCUGCCGCAGCUCUGCUGGAAGGUUACCUUCCGCUUCUAUGGUCCGGACUUUCUAUGCAGGAUCGUGAAGCACCUCCAGGUGACGGGGAUGUUUGCCUCCACCUACAUGAUGGUGAUGAUGACCCUUGACCGCUACAUCGCCAUCUGCCACCCGCUGAAAACCCUCCAUCAGCCCACUCAGCGCUCCUACAUCAUGAUUGUCUCCACGUGGAUGUGCAGCCUGGUGUUCAGCACGCCGCAGUACUUCAUCUUCUCCCUGAGCGAGAUCAAGAACGGCUCGAAAGUCUACGACUGCUGGGCGCACUUCAUCGAGCCCUGGGGCGCCAGGGCGUACAUCACCUGGAUCACCGGCGGGAUCUUCCUGGUGCCCGUGGUCAUCCUUGUGAUGUGCUACGGCUUCAUCUGCCACAGCAUAUGGAGAAAUAUCAAAUACAAGAAAAGGAUAACGAUGGCUGGCGCUGUGAGCAAGAACGGGUUGAUUGGAAAGAAUUCAGUCAGCAGCGUCACGACCAUAUCGAGAGCCAAGCUGCGGACUGUUAAGAUGACUUUUGUGAUUGUUUUGGCGUACAUCAUUUGUUGGGCGCCGUUUUUCACCGUGCAGAUGUGGUCGGUGUGGGAUGAAAACUUCAUGUAUGCUGAUUCUGAGAACACAGCAGUGACUCUUUCUGCGCUCCUUGCCAGUCUCAACAGCUGCUGCAACCCGUGGAUAUACAUGAUCUUCAGCGGCCACCUCCUGCAGGAUUUCGUGCACUGCUUCUCCUGUUGCCACAGAGCAAACACGGACUUCAAGAAGGAGGACUCGGACAGCAGCAUCCGCAGGACGACGCUGCUGACUAAGAUGACCAACCGCAGCCCCACAGGCAGCACUGGCAACUGGAGAGAGAUGGACAACUCUCCCAAGACCUCCAUUCAGAUGGAGUAAACACACAGCUGAGCAGUUAAAUGUUUACCGGGGGUGGGAAUGAACACAUGUGUUGCAGUGACACAGAGGUACACUCACAGUAUCAGCUCGUCUUAGCUGCAGACAUGACUGACAGUGACUCAAGUGUCCCAAAGCCAUUCACAGAGGAGAGUUAGGUUGAGAGGAUAUUUGGAAAUUCCAACUGCUGCUUCUUCCUCAGUUCUUCUUGCUUUAGAUCAUCUCUGCAACAAUAUAACAAAAUAUUUGGAAAAAGGUGUAAUUCAUCUUCCCAAUUGUUGGUAAGUGCCAUUUGUGCUGACAGUUGCUUAGCACCAGUUUGUUAAAUUCAGUCAUAAUACAACAAAAAUCCAUGAUUCAUGAUUUCCUCUUUUCAUGCUUUUGAGAGAAAGCUGUGGUUAUCCAUCCCUGCACCGCCGCCGAGGACCCUUUCCUGUCAAGGUGUUUGCAAAGAUAAAACUUGUAAAGCAGCCAAGUCGGUGGUGAAAACGAUCAUUCCAGACCGCAGGUCUCCAAGUAACGGAAGCAUUCACCUCAUCCUUUGCAGCCAGCUUUCCAUUUUGUUAUUAUUUCUCUCUGAGCCAGAUUUUAGUGGGUCAUAUACAAAAAUCAUCUUUACACCAACUUUUCCUUUGGCCCUUCACAGACAAGAAAUAUUAUGGGUGAGGGAUUUUGGCUGCAGUUACCCUCUGUGCCCUUUUCGUGCAUUCACAUAUUUCUAAUGGAUUUGUUUCAUGUAAAAGCUGGCAGCCCUAAAGGAUGGCUUUCAUCUCUGUUCAGCGGAGGCAGAUGGAACAUAGCAGGGACAUUCACGUCACACACACACACACACACACUCGGGUGCGAAGGGGGUGGCGGUGGUUUUGAUUGGCCACAGUCUGCCUACCGACCCACAGACCCCUCCCACUGUUUACACAAAAUGUUGGGGAGAAGCUCAAACAUUCCACUAACACAACGUCAACACACUUCCUGAUUUUUUUGGGACA